ACUCUGGGGAGGUUUUUAAAUCCUCUCCUUUUGACUGUGGGACCAUCAGACUCGAGGACUUCCUCUAAACAUGCACCUACUGGGAAUAUGUCUGUUACUGGUUUUUCUGUUCUACUCCAACCUCGCCAGCGACGUCAGCCUCCGCGACUAUGAUGAAAACCACGAGCACGAGCAGAUGGACGAGCCGGAUUCUGCACCAAAGCCAGACAUGGAACAGAAGCUGCGUUCCGCCUCCAGUGUAGACGAGCUGAUGAGCCUCAUCUAUCCUGCAUACUGGGCUGCUCUGAAGUGCAGGUCCAAGCUUUCUGCCUCCACAGCCUCUAAGCUCUCACCUCUUCACCGACAGAGGCCUCUGGCUGACCCGGACGAGCCAGCGUACGCCGCUGCCUACCUCAACCUGGACAUUCUGAAAAGUAUAGAGUCGGAGUGGAGGAAGACUCAAUGCAUGCCCAGAGAAGUGUGUGUUGACGUGGGCAGGGAGUUUGGGGCUCCCACCAACGUUUUCUAUAAGCCACCCUGUGUGUCCGUCUACAGAUGUGGAGGAUGUUGCCACUCUGAGGAUAAACAAUGCAGGAAUAUCUCCACUGGUUACCUCAGCAAAACUCUGUUUGAAAUCACCGUGCCGAUCACCCAGGGCACCAAGCCGGUGACCAUCAGUGUGGCCAACCACACCCAGUGCAGCUGUCUGUCCAAACUGGACAUCUACAAACAAGUUCACAGCAUCAUCAGACGAGCCCUGCCCGAGUGUCCAGUAGCCAACAGGACGUGUCUUCCUGGUCAUAUCUGGAGUAUCAGGCAGUGUCGCUGCAUCAUCAACCUCCCUUCACCUCUGCCCCCCCAGAAGCCCUUCCAGCCACACCAUGAUAUAUUCUCAUCAGAUGUGUGUGGUCCAGAGAAGGAGCUGGAUUUGGAGAGCUGUCAGUGUGUGUGUCGCCACGGCAACCCACCUCACGACUGUGGCCCCAACCGACACCUGGACCGAAACAGCUGCCAGUGCACCUGCAACACGGUUCCUUCUCCGUUCUGCCCUCCAAGCCAUGUCUUCAACAAGCAAACCUGCCAGUGCACGUGCAGUCGGACGUGUCCGAGGCACCAGCCUCUGAACAGGACGACGUGUUCCUGUGAAUGCAAUGAGUCGCCAAAUAAGUGUUUCCUGAAAGGAAGAAGGUUUCACCAAGCAACAUGCAGUUGUCUCCGGCCUCCCUGUGAGGUGAGGAGGCGAAGGUGUGAACCAGGUUUCUUCUUCAGCGAGGAGCUUUGUCGUUGCAUUCCAUCCCACUGGAGACGUCUGGACUAACCUGGAAGAUGCUAACAAGAUGCUAAUGAACAGACCUGAGUAAAAUUUGUGGCCCUUCCCUUGUAGACCUGCUGGUCUAGAGGAUUCCCAUCAGGCGUGGUGGCAGCUGAGUGUAUGGACCCUGAUAAAGAAGGGCAAACCUUAGUGGAUGGAAUAAAAAGAUGGGAGACAGGGGAUAUGAAGGUGAGAAAUGCACUGAUUCUGCUAUGAGGACACUUUGAUGGGAAAGUGAGUGACCGGAGUCCAGGAUGGAAGGAAGGACUGAAAAGAAGAAGAGACCUAAAACUUAACGUUGGUUAUAAAAUAUUGUUAAUUGCUUGAAUAUAUUUUCGGGUUAUAUUAUGUCUCA